AUGAAGUUCACCAGCUCCGUCCUCGUCUCCAUGCUCUCCAUGGCCCUCAUGGUGGCUGGUUCUCCCACUCCUGACAACGCCAUUGACGAUGGUGCUGCCGAUAUCGUCGAUGUUCCCGAGUCUCGCGAUAUCACCGAGGCUGUCCGAGUUGACCUCGAGACCCGCGGUCAGGGCUGCCCCUUCGGUAACCAAUGCAACCUCCACAAUGUUCACCGUACCUGCAACGGCAAGCUUCAGUACCCCUACAAGGGCAGUUGCGGAGGCUUUGCCAACCUUGCUACUACCACAAGUGCAAGACCACCUAAACUUAGGACGGCGUUUAAAUACUUUGGUGGGAUCUUGUCAAAGGAGACGGCUCCAACAUUGCCAAAUAGAACGCAGGUUCGUGUGAUGCGCAGAGCCUCUGUGGGUGGAAACGAUAAACAAGUUGAAGUGGCAUGGCCACUUGCUGAAAGAGUCUCACAUUCUCUUUAUGUUUUGCUUUAG